CAAUGACAUGAUAGAGGCGAAUGAAUUUUAGGGUGUGAUUUCAAACUUUGUAUAAACUCAAAGGGCAAUUCUAGUAAUCCCUCCCUUAAACUUGGAAUCUGGUUCCACCAACACAACCAACACCUCGUGAUUUUUGCAGAUUCAAAGGCGCUGUCGCCACACCUUCACCGACACACGCACACCUAUCACCUUCCAACUUACAAUAACUCCAUCGUACAAUGGUGAUGGAGAUCAACAACAAGCACGAAGGGGAUCUAAUAAGGCUCAAAUGUUGGGUUCAAAACUACGAUUGGGGCAUAAUUGGCAACGAAUCACUUGUCGCAAGAACCUUUUCAAGCAACUGUGAUUGUGAAAUUGAGGAAAGCAAACAUUAUGCUGAACUUUGGAUGGGGACUCAUGAUUCUGGACCGUCGUAUGUUGUCGGAGAAAAGGGGAUCGGAAAUGUGAGUUUGAAAUCGUGGGUUUCGGAGAAUCCGGAGGUUUUGGGUGAUUUGGUUGUUGGGAAGUGGGGUGUUGAUCUUCCGUUUAUGUUUAAGGUUCUUUCAGUUGCACGGGCAUUGUCAAUACAGGCCCAUCCUGAUAAGGAAUUGGCGGGGUUUCUUCAUACGUUGAAGCCAAAUGUGUAUAAAGACGCAAAUCACAAGCCUGAAAUGGUUGUGGCACUUACAGAGUUUGAGGCUUUAUGUGGGUUUAUUAGCUUCAAGGAACUUGAAGCUGUGCUUGAAAGUGUUCCCGAGAUCAUGGAAGUGGUUGGUAAUGCAUAUCCAGACCAAGUUUUGCCUGUCAAUGUGCAAAACGAGGAAAAACAAACACAAUUUCUUCAGUCAAUUUUCAUUAAACUCAUGUCAGCCGAAAGUAAGGUGGUUUCUGCAGCUGUCACCAAAUUGAUCAGUCGGUUAAAUAUGGAAAAUAAGACAAGGCAGUUAACUAGCAAAGAAGAACUAGCAUUGAAACUAGAAAACGAGCACCCGCAUGACAUCGGGGUCAUAGCAUCCUUCUUCUUUAAUCACGUGAGGUUGAACCCUGGCGAAGCUUUGUAUAUAUCACCAAACGAGCCUCACGCAUAUUUGGGUGGUGAAUCCGUCGAGUGCAUGGCUACUUCAGAUAAUGUCGUACGUGCUGGACUUACCCCAAAACACCGCGACGUCAAAAUCCUUUGCUCAAUGCUCACAUAUAAGCAGGGCUCACCAGAAAUCUUAAAAGGUGUCCCGGUAAACGAGUAUACGAAACGAUACAACCCUCCUUUUGAGGAAUUCGAGGUUGAACAAUGCGUGCUGGACCAAGGUGCAUCCGUCAUUUUCCCUGCAGUACCUGGUCCGUCGAUUUUCUUAGUUCUUUCAGGACAAGGAUUCAUGUACACAACAUCAUCAGCAGCAGCAGCACCAUUGUCGUCACCAUCAUCAUCAUCAUCAUCAUCACCGAUGUUAUCACCCUCUUCAUCAAUAUCACCGAUGUCAUCACCGUCAUCAUCAUCCUCAUCGUUAACGGAGGGUAUGGUUCGUGGGGGAGAUGUGUUAUUUGCUCCUGCAAACACGGAGGUUCAUGUGAGUACAGACUCGGAUUUGCGUUUGUUCAAGGCUGGAGUUAACCACCUAAUGUUUACAAAAACAUAAGAUGGUAUCGAAAUGUACAUGUGUGUAUGUAUUGUUAUGUUAUGUAAUUUUUUAUAGCAAUAAACUUAAAGUAACAUAUACCAACUUGUUUUUAUUGUACCUAUGUUAUUUUUUUUGUAGAAAUAUAUGUACUUGUUUGUGUUUUA